UCUUGUCAGGCUGUUUUGCAAGCGGACGUGAACCUUGCGCGAGUCUUUGAUACUCCUCUUACUAGCGAUCUUAAAGCGGAUAGACUUUGCUCCCUAUCCAGAGAAUGCAAACCGCAUAUAUUAGAGGCCGAUCAGGCCGGAUGCACUAUUCCUAGGCUAAUAUUGUCCUACCCUCAACAUAUAACACAAAACAGCAGAUCGAUAGCAAAUAUCAUGUCCACGUGGAUAAUGCAGCUUGUUAACCCUUAUUCAUAUUAUUGUGACGGGGCAUCGGAAACCAAUAUUGUCAAAAUGACUCGAUCUCAAAUAGAGCCUCGGAAGGAUCUCACCUUGCAAUCUUUGUACAGCCCGCAUUUCUUUAUUACUUAG